AUCAACAUCAAUCAUCGCAAAAACAUUCACAUCAUCAGCAUCAUCAUAUUCUUCAAUUUAAUAAUUUAAAUCAAGAUGACAUGGAAAUUGCUGUAUUUAGUGAAUUAUCACAUUUAUGUCCAACAAAAGAUGGUCAAGCAUGGCGUGAGAUUGCAAGAUGGGUAAAAUACGAAGAAAAUGUUGAAGCCAAUGGAACAAGAUGGUCUAAACCAUAUGUAUCAACAGUAAAUGUGGCUGCUUUUCAAGAAUUACGUGAUAGUUUUCGUAAUGGUGUUGUUAUAUUUGAUUCACAAUGUCAAUCAUUGGGACAAUUAGUGGAUGAAUUUUGUCGAAUAUUACGACAAAAAAAUCUGGUGACAGCUGAAGAAUCGAAAAACAUAGCCAAUCUAUUGACAUUACAAAAAUUACAUCUUUUUCAAACAAAACGUUCAUUAAUGCGUUCAUUGGCCGAUAUGCGACAACAAUCAUCGAAUAAUUUUCUACGAUUACUUUCCGGUUCCAGCACAAAAAUCAACACAGCUGCUAUAAAUGAAAAUGAAAAUGUCAUCAAUUCACAAUCACGAUCCGAUUCUGAAGAAAAUGUAUCGAACAAUUCGAAAACUGGUUCUGUAGCUAAUCUACAGAAUGGUGGCAAUGGUAAAGAUGGUAAUAAAGAUGAUUACAAGUUUAAUGAUGCUUUUAUGCGUAAAUUACCGGAUAAUGUUGUAUCGAACAAUAUUUUGAUUGCUGAAGUUGAUUUUCUUCAAUCACCAAUUUCUGGAUUUAUUCGUCUGCAAAAUGCCACUGUUUUGGGAAAUAUGACCGAAGUUUCAAUACCCACGAAAUUUAUCUACAUUUAUCUGGGACCGAAAAUGAAUGCCACAACCGGCUUGAAUAAUUAUGAACAAAUUGGCCGUUCAUUGGGCACACUAAUGUCCGAUACUAUAUUUAGACAAGUGGCAUUCAAAACUCAGAACAUCAGUGCAUUGGUUCAAGCAUUAGAGGAUUUUCUACAAGAAUCACCAAUACUGCCACCAAAUCUUUGGGAUCCAUCCACCAGGAUUGAACCACCGGAAAAAACACCGGCUAGUUCAAAUAAAAAUCGUGGCCGUCAAAUGUUACAUGAUUCAGCAUUAUUUCAUCGUGAUUCAUGUCAUAGUUCAAAUGAUGGCAGUGUUAACAACAACAUCAACAAUAAUGAACAUAGUUUUACAUCACAAUCGUAUUAUAAUAAAGCAUUCUUUCUGGAUAAUGGUGAUAAAGUCAUUUCGUUCCGCAAUCAUAAUGAUACAUUUGGAUGUUUUAUUGAUGAUAAAAUCAAUAUGGAUUCCGAUGAUGAAGAAGAAAUGGAACGAAAACAAAUGGGACUUGUACGUUCAGGAAGAUGGUUUGGUGGAUUAAUUAAUGACGUGAAACGAAAAUUCCAUUAUAAAAGUGAUUUUAUGGAUGCACUGUCAAUGCAAUCAGUUGCAUCGAUUGUAUACCUGUAUUUUGCUUGUGUAACACCGAUUAUUACAUUUGGUGGCCUACUUGGUGAUGCUACCGGCAAUAAUGUUGCUACAAUGGAAAGUUUAGUUUGUGGCUGUCUAUGUGGUAUUGUGUAUGGCCUAUUUAGUGGACAACCAUUAACCAUUCUCGGUAGCACUGGACCGGUAUUGGUUUUUGAAACUAUUGUCUUCGAUUUUUGCCGUACUUAUGGAUAUGAUUAUCUGGCCCUACGGUUCUGGAUCGGUAUGUGGACAGCAACAAUCCUAAUGAUAUUUGUUGCAUUUGAUCUUAGCUAUUUUGUAUGCUAUAUUACACGUUUUACGGAAGAAAAUUUUGCAUCACUUAUUUCAGUGAUUUUUAUGUAUAAAUCAAUCGAAAAAUUAUUGAAAAUCAAUCGUGAUUAUCCAAUUCAUCUACAUCCAAAUGAUCCAAUGGAUAAUGAAUGUUUGUGUUUACUCAACCAUGAUAACGCUAACAUAACAAUGCGAUUUGAUGCAAACGUUUCCACUAUCGAUGGUGAUAAUGGUAUACGUAAUAAAUGUUUACAAAUGGGUGGAACACUUUAUGGCAAUGGUUGUCACAAUGCAUAUGUAGCGGAUGUUUUUCUAUUUUCGUUUAUAUUAUUAACAUUCACAUAUAUUUUAUCCAUAAAAUUGAAAUCAUUUACAUCGACAAGAUUUUUCACCACAAAUAUUCGACAAAUGGUUUCAGAUUUUUCCGUUCCAAUCGCUAUUGUUAUAAUGACAGCUGUCGAUAGUCUAACCGGGCUUCCAACACCAAAACUUCAAGUACCAAAUGAUUUUAAGCCAACAUUACCGACAAGAACAUGGCUUGUAUCACCAUUUGCUCAGGCAAAUCCAACAUGGAUGCCAUUCGCAGCAUUCAUACCAGCAACAUUGGCUACAAUAUUGAUUUUUAUGGAUCAACAAAUCACGGCUGUAAUUGUUAAUCGUAAAGAAAAUAAAUUAAAGAAAGGAUGUGGCUAUCAUUUAGACCUGUUCAUAUUAUCCAUAUUGAUCUGUAUUUGUUCAAUAUAUGGUCUACCUUGGUUUGUUGCCGCCACUGUUCUGUCGAUAACACAUGUUAAUUCAUUGCAAAUGGUUUCACAAACCGCUGCACCUGGUGAUCGGCCAAAAUUUCUCGGUGUCCGGGAACAACGUGUUACACAAAUUGUUAUAUUUGUAUUAUGUGGCCUAUCAAUAUUUUUCACACCGAUUCUACAACGUAUUCCUAUGGCCGUACUUUAUGGUGUUUUCUUUUAUAUGGGUGUUUCAUCUUUGCAUGGAUCUCAGUUUAUGGAUCGAAUCGCAAUCAUGUUUAUGCCACAAAAAUAUCAACCCGAUUAUAUGUUCCUAAGACGUGUGAAAAUGUAUCGUGUACACAUGUUCACCAUAAUACAGGUUAUUUGUUUUAUAUUUUUAUGGGUUAUAAAAUCAUCGAAACCGAUCUCGAUUACAUUCCCAUUGAUGUUGGUUGUAAUAUUGGGCAUACGUAAACUACUUGAUUAUGUUUUCACACAAGAAGAGCUGAAAAUAUUGGAUGAUAAAAUGCCCGAAUCGAAACGUAAGAAAAAAGAACGUACAAAAGAACGUUUAUCGGUUAUGAUCAUGAAAAAACAACAACAACAACAGAAUGGUCGAACAGCAGAUAAAAAGGCAAUUUAAUGAGAAACAAAAAGAAGACCAUUAUAAAUGAAAUUUUUUUUUUUUUUAAUUUCACAUUCUUUUUUGGAUUUAUCAU